AUUAUUUACUCCUCUUAAAUUAACUUUGUAUCAAAAUAAUAAUAAUAAUAAGAAGAAGAAUAACAAUCAGAAAAAAAUAAUAAUAAUAAGGAUCAAAUGACUUGCCAGCAUAAUUCAAUGGAAUCAGGGCAAUGUAGAGAUUGUGGAUAUUGUUCACAUGAAGUAAUCUAUUUUGGUCUCUGUGCUGUUUGUGGUAGACAAGUUGAAGAGGAUGAAAAUGCACCAAAAGAUCAUAUUGACAUGACACAUAAUUCGUCAGGCAUUGUUGUUAGCUAUAAAGAGGCAAAACGCUUAGAAAAAGAGGAUGAGAAACGAUUAUUAAAAGAAAGAAAACUUUCAUUAAUUGUUGAUCUUGAUCAGACUAUUUUACAUGCUGCUUGGGAGCCUCAUAUUGCAAACUGGGUUGAUGAGCAAAAAGUGAAAGAUAAUGACAAAGUGAAAGACAUGAGUACUUUUUCAUUAGAUGGUAGUAUGAAUAAAUAUACUAUUAAACUAAGACCUGGUUUAAGAGAAUUUUUAAAUAAAAUAUCAAAAUAUUAUGAAAUGCAUGUUUAUACAAUGGGUACUCGUGCCUAUGCUGAUGCAGUAGCAAAAAUAAUUGACCCUGAAGGGAAAUUAUUUCAGGAUAGAAUUCUAUCCCGCGAUGAAAAUGGUAGUAUGACUAAAAAGAGACUCGAACGCUUAUUUCCAUCUGAUCAAACAAAAGUGAUUGUACUUGAUGAUCGUGCCGAUGUUUGGGAUUAUUCACCUAAUCUGAUUCAAAUCAAACCAUAUGAAUAUUUUGCUGGUAUUGGUGAUAUUAAUGCACCUCCUCUAACUCAACCUAUCAUCGCUACUACACAUUCUUCUUUACCAACAAAUGAUAUUAUCAAUGAAGAGGAAGAAAAAGAAGGAAUGAAUGUAAAUAAAAUUGCUACUGGUAGCAGUUCAACUAUAAAUGACAUCAAUAUAAAUCAACAAGAACUUAUCGAUAUAAAGCAAGGUGAUAAUGUAAAUAAUGAAAAUCAACCUAAUUCAACAUUAGAAACAACAGAAGUACCUUUACCAAAAGAAAUACCUAGAGAACCAGCAUCUAGUAGUAAUAAUCAUUCCAAUUAUACCCCUAAAACAAAUGAUCCAGACACUAUUCUCAACGUUGUAGAAAAGGCUCUCAUUUCUGUUCAUAAAGAAUUUUAUAAUCAAGUAGAUGAGAAGAAGAUAGAAAAGCCUAAUGUAGCACAUAUUUUACCAAUAUUAAAAUCAGAGGUUUUAAAGGACUGUUUUAUUUUAUUUUCUGGUGUAAUUCCACUUCAUUGUAAUGCAGAAGAUUCAUCUAUUUGGAAGUUGGCUACAACUUUCGGAGCGACAUGUUUGAAAGAACUAACAGGCAAAGUAACACAUCUUGUAGCUGCCAAUGCAGGCACAAAUAAAGUGAAUACAGCUAGAAAAUAUAGUCAUAUUAAAAUUGUUUCACCUGCUUGGUUAAUGGACUCUGUAUGGAAUUGGAAAAAAGAAGACGAAGAGGAUUAUUUAGUCCCUUUACCAAGAGAAGGAUCAGCAGCCUCAGAAGUGGAAAAUCCAGAAGAAGCACCAUUAGAUUUUGAGGUGGAUAUUGAUUGGCAAGAUGAUGAAGUAGAUGCCGUUCUUUUAGAAGAAGAAGAAGAAGAUAGUUAUAAUGAUAGUUUUAGUGACGAUGAUAUAGAAGAGGAAAAAAAACCAGAAAAAGAAGAAAUACAUCAGGGGGAAUCAGGGCCAGAAGAAGAAGAAGAAGAUGUAGAGGACUGGCUAAAUGCAGCAUUAGUGGAUAUUGAUGGAGAUUCACAAGUAACAGAAAGUGAUUAUGGUGCAAGUCAAAGUGAUGACGAAUAUAGUAGGAAAAGAGACCGUGAAGAAGAAGAUUUUUCAGAUGACGAGCAUUCUAUAAAGCGAUUACAUUAAUAAUAAAUAUUAUUUUACUAUCAUCUUCUGUAUCACACAUAAAAGAUGUAGUAAGGAUUUCC